AUGGUGGACAAGGACCCAUUAUUAACUACAAGACCAGGAUACUGGCAUGCAGAUUUCCUACAAGGCCAAGUUGUGAAUCAGUGUAGCAACAGAACUGUCCACCAUUCAAGGAAGGCUGGAGUAAAACUGGUAACAGCUACAUAUGAUGUUGUAGUUGGAAACGUGAGGGACUUCUACAUGUGUAGGAAAGGUUUUCUCAACAGGAUCAUGCUGGUGGUUGUGCUGCUGCUUGUACUGCUGUGUCAUACUGUAUGCAAGACAAAUUCAAUUAAUUGCAGCAUAUAUGAUGAUCCUCUCCCUAUUGUUCAUGAAUUUUACCAGCCAGGAGACCUUCUCAUUGGGGAGAUUGUUUCUCAAGCCUUCUUCCUCUAUAAUAAUCUCUCUUUCAUGGAACAGCCUACACAGGUUGCAAUUAAUGAACCCAUCUACUAUAGUGCAAAGAUGACAUAUAAGGCUACCCUGAGCCUGCAUUCCACCCAGCAUAGGUUUGUCCCCAACUUCAGGGGUCAUAAGCAGAACAAUCUGAUAGCUCUCAUUGGAGGGUGCAUCUCUGAAAUCUCUGCCAACAUUGCCAUCAUUUCAGCAAUUUGCAAGACUCCACAGGUUCAUCGCUUUCUAAGGAGUAUCUUCUUCAACAACAGUGUUGGAGAUACUGUGCACUUUAAUGACAAUGGAGAAUUAGUUGCUGGUUUUGAUAUUACAAACUGGGUGAUUUUCCCCAAUGGUUCAUUGGCUAGAAUUAAAGUUGGAAAACUGGAUCCUCAGGCUCCUCCAGGCAACAAGUUAACCAUUUAUGAUGACCAGAUUGUCUGGCAUCAGAGCUUUAACCAGGUGCUGCCUGUUUCUGUGUGCAACGAUCACUGCUAUCCUGGCAACAGCCGAAAAAAGAGGGAAGGAGAGUUAUUCUGCUGCUAUGAUUGCGCUCCAUGCUCGGAAGGGAUGAUCUCUGACCAGAAGGACAUGGACACCUGUGUCAAUUGCCCUGAAGAUCAGUAUCCCAACAAGGACCAAACUGGGUGUAUUCCAAGGGUCCCAAACUAUCUCACUUACAAAGAAUCUUUAGGGAUCAUCUUAGCUAUCUUGAUUAUUUCUUUCUCUUUGAUCACAAUUUUAAUACUUGGGACUUUUAGGAAGCACAACAAGACUCCCAUUGUCAAAGCCAACAAUCAGACCCUCACUUACACCCUCCUCAUCUCCCUCCUCCUUUGCUUCCUUUGUUCUUUGCUUUUCAUUGGACAGCCUGGAAUGGUGACCUGCCUUCUCCGACAGACAAUUUUUGGCAUUGUGUUUUCUGUGGCCCUUUCCAGCGUUUUAGCAAAAACCAUCACUGUGGUUCUGGCAUUCAUGGCAACCAAACCAGGAUCCAGGAUGAGAAAAUGGAUUGGGAAAGGACUAGCAAAUUCAAUUGUCCUUUCCUGCUCCUCUAUUCAAGUUGGGAUUUGCACAGUUUGGCUAUUUGUUUCUCCUCCAUUCCCAGAUGUGGACAUGCAGUCAUUGGAUGGGGAAAUCAUCCUGGAAUGUAAUGAGGGUUCGGCUACCAUGUUUUACUGUGUCUUGGGCUAUAUGGGCUUCCUGGCCAUUGUCAGCUUCAUUGUUGCUUUCCUGGCUAGGAAGUUACCAGACAGUUUCAACGAAGCCAAAUUCAUCACUUUCAGCAUGUUGGUGUUUUGCACUGUUUGGUUAUCCUUUGUUCCAACUUACCUGAGCACCAAAGGAAAAUACAUGGUGGCUGUGGAGAUCUUCUCCAUCCUGUCUUCUAGUGCUGGAUUACUGGGUUGCAUCUUUUUCCCAAAAUGCUAUAUCAUUGCGCUGAGGCCUGAACUGAACAACAGGGACCAGCUAAUAAGAGGGAGAAAAUGA